AGAAGAAGAAGAAGAAGAGGAGAAAGAAAGGUCGUCACAUGGUCUACCUUUUCUUGCCCAAAUCCCACGCCGCGCUCAGCUCAUACGCGGAACCAUCCUCCCCUUCUUCCUCCUCCUCCUCAGCCUCCUUUCUUGAACAACAAGCAGCAGCAGCGCCCCGAUCCAACUCAGUUUGAUCUCCAGCUCUGUCCGGCCGCUGGAUUCCCGAUCGAUUCGCCGAUUUCCCGCGGUCUCUUCUGCACAGUCUUUCUAAUUUGUUCUCCGCACCCAAUCCCACGCCGCCGGAUUGAUUGCUUUCAGCAAGCGUGGAGGAUUGCUUGUCUCGGCUCAUGCGGCGGAACCACCGGAGCCGGAGCUUCCAGGUUUCUUGCUGAGCUGAUUAGUAUUAUUAUUCUGUGGAUUCUUAGGUCCUAGCUAGCUUCAACCCUGUCCUGAGCAUCAAGCUGGGAUUUUUUCCCCAGGUUUCUUGUUGCUCGGGUCAAACCAAAGCCGCUCCUGCUGGAUCUAGGCCGGCUUUCGAUUCCCGCCACCGUCCGAUCCGCGUGCUCUCAGCGAGUCGCCGCCGCUGGUGAAAAUGGUGGGGCAAACCAUGAUGCGCAUCGUGCGGCCCUGCUUCAAGCCCUCUCUGUCCGACGCGCAGGUCGUGGGCGGGGGCGCCGGGGUUGGGACCAGGGACGGCCUGCUCUGGUACAAGGACACCGGGAAGCACGCCUGCGGGGACUUCUCCAUGGCCGUCGUGCAGGCCAACAAUCUGCUCGAGGACGGGAGCCAGGUCGAGGCUGGCCCCUUCGUUAUCGAUGGCGCGCAGGGGCCGUGUGGGACGUUCGUCGGCGUCUAUGAUGGCCAUGGCGGGCCGGAGACUGCGCGGUUCAUCGCCGAUAAUUUGUUCCAACAUCUAAAGAAGUUCGCGACGGAACAACAGACCGUUUCAGCUGAUGUCAUACGCAAAACUUAUGCCGCCACUGAAGAGGGGUUUCUGAACCUUGUGAGGAAGCAAUGGCUCAUUAAACCGCAGAUCGCCUCGGUUGGUUCGUGCUGCUUGGUUGGCGUCAUCAACGAAGGAGUUCUCUACAUAGCAAAUGCUGGAGAUUCUCGUGCUGUUCUUGGGAGAAUUGAAAGGGGCGGCAGAGAUAUCAAGGCGGUUCAGCUGUCUUCGGAGCAUAAUGCGAGCUUUGAGGCUGUAAGGGAUGAGCUAAGACAGUUACACCCAGAUGAUCCACGGAUUGUGGUCCUAAAGCACAAUGUUUGGCGUGUGAAAGGCAUUAUUCAGAUUUCCAGAUCAAUUGGCGAUGCCUACUUGAAAAGUUCAGAGUUCAACCGCGAGCCUCUUUUGGCACGGUUCCGUAUUCCAGGACCCUUUCAUAAACAAAUUCUUUGUCCAGAGCCAUCCAUACUAGAGCAUAGACUGUGCGCAGAAGAUCAGUUUGUUAUAUUUGCCUCUGAUGGACUAUGGGAGCACUUGAGCAACCAGGAAGCUGUGGAUAUAGUGUAUUCUUCACCUCGGAAUGGUAUUGCAAGAAGGCUAAUAAAAGCAGCUCUCCGAGAGGCAGCGAAGAAAAGGGAAAUGCGGUACUCAGACUUGAAGAAGAUUGACCGUGGGGUCAGGAGACACUUCCAUGAUGAUAUUACUGUUGUAGUACUAUUCAUGGACCCUGCACUCAUUGGCAAGAGGUUAUAUGGUGGCCCAUUGCUUUCACUAAGGGGUGGUGGUGGUACCCCGACGAUUGCACAGAAAUGCUGACCAUCAUUGACGCUUUCUGGAAAUAUCCUUCAUAUCUUGGCUGGUGCUCUCUACAUCACAUGCAGAUGUACACCCGAGCUGCAUGGAGUAGCAUAUUUAUUUGACCUCUAAUAUGUACAGCUAGAGGCGUUCUUGCCGUUACAUGAGCUCAAGAACACGGUACGUCAUCGGUGUGAUGACCCCUGCCCUGUCUGUUCGGAGAAACCUGGCAGCUGCAUAACUGCAGGUAUCAGCGUUUCUUUUCGCGGGUGGAUGAACUCGGGCAGUAUUUACAGAAACAUGGGAUUAUUCGAGCCUUGCGGGAUUAGUUGCUGUUCUUGCAUCUCAUAAUCCAUUUCUUUCGUUUUGCAGUGUCUCCCUGUCCGAAUUUCAGGUCCCCAGUGUAUAAAAUAUUUGACAGAGUUCGGUUGCAUUAGCGAUGGACUUUGUAAGGAAUAUAUGUCCAUUUUGCCAAGCUGGCAUGGAAAAAAAAUGUACUCCCCUGUUACAUAUUAUAAGACCAAAAUGUCUUAUAGUAUGAAACAGAGGGAGCACUUCAUUUGGUUGAAUCUAAGGUGUGUAGAAAGCACAUGGUUUAAUGGUUAUAUAGAAAGAAUCAUCAUGUGUGAGAAGAGAAUUCCAAUUUUGAGAGGAAAUUAAAGUGUGACUUGGUUUA